AUGUAUGUGGGCAAAGGCUCCAUCUGCACCCAGCUCACGCUUCCCAGUGGGUCAGAAAAGACUUGGUGCCAUGUUCCUUGCAGGGAAGAAGAGGCACCCAGAGAUAAUCUGCAGGAUGUUGCUACUGCUGGUGAUGGGUCCUUCCAUGGAGCCUCCUGCUUGCCGCAUCCCACUGGACUCACAUGGGCAGAAGAGGGUGCAGAAGGACAGUGUCAGUGCGUGCCACAGCUGUGCCCUAGAGCCACAACCUGCCCAGCAGGCUUGGUGUGUGACCACUGUGGCUGCUGCCUGGAGUGCGGGAAUGCUGAGGGGCAGCUCUGCGACCUGGAUGGCAGUGGCACCUUCUAUGGGCGGUGCGGAGAGAAUCUAGAGUGCCAGUUGGACAUCCAGGAGCUAGGCUAUAGGGGGAUCCCCGAGCCACAAUGUGUGUGCAGGUCCCAGGCGGCUGUGUGUGGCUCCGAUCACAUCACCUACCAGAACAUCUGCAAGUUCCAGGAGGCCGUGCGUGAGAGAGAGGGGCAGAACCUCAGCAUCACCAGCGAUGGGCCCUGCCUAGCAGUUCCCCAGAUCAAACACCAUCCCCAAGACCAGGUGAAUGUGUCGGGCCAUGAUGUGAUCUUCAUGUGUGAGGUCUUUGCCUACCCCAUGGCCCUCGUGGAAUGGAGGAAGGAUGAAGAAGAAUUUGCUCUACCCUGAGAUGAUCCUCACAUCUCUGUCCAGGUGAGUGACACUGUCACAGCCCCGCCUAGGCAAAGGGUCUCCCAGCUCAGCUCCACCCAGGUGAGGGUCCUUGAGGCAGUUCCAUGCAGGUGAAUGACCCUGACUUAGCUCCGCUUAAGUGAAUGAACCCAACUCAGCUCGACCCUCAUGAGUGACCCUGACAUGCACCUCUGUCCAGGUGCAUCACACACUUAUCUCCAUCUCGGUGAGUAUCCUCCAUGCUCAGUAAGAU